GCCAGCCUGUUUGCUCUCCCUGGCUUGGCCCGUUAGAGGCGCUCGGUCCGGGGAACGCGGGCCACCGUCUGGGGCCAUGAGGCAUCUCGCCGCAGGCACCUUUCUCUCACUCCUGAGGGUGCUGCUCCUGCCUCUGGCACCGGCCCCUGCCCAGGACUCCGCCUCGACCUCCACGCCGGGCAGCCCCCUGUCCCCCACGGAGUAUGAGCGCUUCUUCGCACUGCUGACCCCUACCUGGAAGGCGGAGACCACCUGCCGGCUCCGCGCCACCCACGGCUGCCGGAACCCCACCCUCGUCCAGCUAGACCAGUAUGAAAACCACGGCCUAGUGCCGGACGGCGCAGUCUGCUCUGACCUCCCUUACGCCUCCUGGUUUGAGUCCUUCUGCCAGUUCACCCAGUAUCGUUGCUCCAACCAUGUCUACUACGCCAAGAGGGUCCGGUGCUCCCAGCCAGUCUCCAUCCUCUCACCCAACACCCUCAAGGAGGUGGACAGUUCACCUGAAGUGCCGUUACCCACCACAGCAACCUCCUCCAUCUCCUCCCACAUCACAGCCACCGAACGACAGGUCUUCCAGCCCUGGCCCGAGCGGCUGAACAGCAACGUGGAGGAGCUGCUCCAGUCCUCCUUGUCCUUGGGCGGCCAGGAGCAAGGGCAGGAGCACAAGCAGGAGCAGGGGCAGGAGCACAAGCAGGAGGAAGGGCAGGAGCAAGAGGAGCAGGAGGAGGAGCAGGAGGAGGAGAAGCAGGAGGAGGGCCAGGGCACAGAGGAGGCGCUGGAGUCGGUGUCCAGGCUGCAGGCAGACCCAGAGCCCAAGUUUCCGUCUGAACUUGUGUCCUCCAACCCUUUCUCCUUCACUCCCCGGGUGCGGGAAGUGGAAUCUACUCCGAUGUUGAUGGAGAACCUCCAGGAGCUUAUCCGAUCGGCGCAGGAGAUGGAUGAAAUGAAUGAUGUGUAUGAUGGGGACACCAUCUGGAGAUCCCAGAGCCCUGGCAGCCUGCUACAGCUGCCCCAUGUGGAAGCCUUGCUGACCCUGUGCUACUCGAUUGUGGAGAACACCUGCGUCAUAACCCCGACAGCCAAGGCCUGGCAGUACUUGGAAAAUGAGAUCCUUGGUUUCGGGAUGUCGGUCUGUGACAGCCUGGGGCGGCGACACUUAGCCGCGUGUACCCUCUGUGACUUCUGCUCACUGAAGCUGGAGCAGUGCCACUCGGAGGCCAACCUGCAGCGACAGCAGUGCGACAGCUCCCACAAAACACCCUUCGUCAGCCCCCUGCUCGCCUCCCAGAGCAUGACCAUCGGUACCCAGAUAGGGAGCCUGAAAUCGGGCCGCUUUUACGGGCUGGAUUUGUACGGCGGGCUGCGCAUGGACUUCUGGUGUGCCCGGCUGGCCACUAAGGGCUGCGAAGACAACCGAGUGGCCAGCUGGCUCCAGACUGAGUUCCUGAGCUUCCAGGAUGGAGACUUUCCCACCAGGAUCUGUGACACGGAAUAUGUGCAGUACCCCAACUACUGUGCCUUCAAAAGCCAGCAGUGUAUGAUGAGAAACAGGGACCGGAAGGUGUCCCGCAUGAGAUGUCUGCAGAAUGAGACGUACACCGUCCUGACUCAGGACAAGAGUGAGGACCUCGUGCUUCGAUGGAGCCAGGAAUUUAGCACCUUGACCCUUGGCCAAGCCGGAUGAGCUGGACUCUGUCCUCUCCCCGCCCGCUACCCCUUCCCACACUCUAUUGCUUUCAGACCCUGGGUUGUCUCUUACUUGGCCCGAAUCACGUGUCCUUUGGGUUGGGGCAGUGGUCCCAGAGAGGUCGGUGGUGGGAACUCUGCCCACCUUAAAGGAUGUCUGUACAUAAAAUGUUUAUUUUUAA